AUGGGCACCAAACGCAAGGCGACGCCGGCCACUGACUUUACCAAAACCAAGAAGAAGCUUGGAAAGGGAAAGCAAUUGAGCAGUAAUGCUACGGAUACAUCGUUUAAGGCGAAAACCAUCGCCAUGCCACAGCAGUCGAUUCUGUUGGACCGCACGCAGAGCGUGACGACGCGGCGAAGGCAGACACUCUCGGACCUCGUGCAGAAUACCCGGCACCAUGCACCUGGAGUGAGAAAAGAUGCAGUGCUUGGCAUGCUCGAGUUAAUUACCACGUACGAGGGCCUACUGCAGGCGGAGACCACGACUCUGUUGAACAGUGUGCUGCCUCUCCUGAGCGAUAUUGACGUGCAUGUGCGAGCAGCCGUCGCACGAUACCUGCGCACGCUCCUCGAUCAGAUGAGCAUGGAAAUGUUCGCACCCUAUGCUGCGCCCAUGCUCCUGCUCACGACAUCUGCCAUGUCACACAUCGCCAUGGCCGUGCGCCUGGACGCGCUGGGCGUACUGGCGCUCCUUCUCGAUAAGGUGGGUCCUUUGGCUACAGAUGGCUGGGAGAGCGGCUUAGAUACCUCCGUGGCCGCAGACCGGCAUGGGCAGCGCAUCCUAAUGGCUUUUUUCGCGAUGCUGGGCGUCGCUGCCGAAGCCCAACGUGCCAAGGCAGGCAUCACGACGAAAAAGUCGACCGCCUCGAUUGAAUUGCCGCCUGCCGAUCGCCUCAAGGUCCUGCGGGCGCUGCGCCAUUUUUUGCGUGUCGCUACGGACGACACACCUAUGCCCCGUAUGCCUAUGUGGUGCUUCCACGCCACAUUCCCAUCGCCUGGCCGUCUCGAGCACUUUCUGCAGCUCUUUGCCAAGGCGCCCCCCGCUGGCCCUCUCUCUUGGGUGGAGCAGAGCAUGCCCUCGGUCACCACCGAGAGCCUGUGCGAGGCGCUUUUAGCCGGAGCACGCACAGAGCGAGUUAACUCAUCCCGUGCGCUUGAGAGCGCGUAUGAGCGACUGGCACAUAUCUUGCAUGCCUCGCUGCUGGCCACGCUCUUAGACUCCCUACCCAAUGUUGUUUCGCCGGAUGGGUCGCUCUCGUCCGUGCAUGCCGACCUUGUGACGGCCAUCCUCGACGUGUACCUGGUGCUCUGGCGCCGAAUCGUGGCAGCCUACUUGUCGGCCAGUGCGACGCAACGCCCGCUGAGCCCCGAAGCAGCAUGUGCUCAGCAGGAGCAGCUGCUCGGAUACCUUGCGCCGCAUUUUCCCGCUGCGACGGGCAGUUCGGACAGCGCUCUGGUGCGAUUGAAUGGGGUGUACUGCGAAAUGGUCGCACUGGCCACCGUCCUAUCACAGAAGAGGUCGCCCACAUCUAGGAACAAGGCACAAAUGCAUCUGGAGCCGGCCCUGGCCUAUUUGGUAUCGCUUCUCUCCACUGACGACCGACUAUCCGACGAGUUGUACGAGACGCUGUUGCCUACUUUCUGGCUCUUUGUGACGACGCCUACCGAGGGCUCUGCCGAUCUGCUCUCGGCAUUGCUGUCGCAUUUCCAGCGCUUGCACAUGUCACCCCUUAAAGCACAAGCGUUCCAUGUCCUCGCGCGCCUGUCCCUUUUACAUACCUAUGGGCCAGACCCCGCGAGCCUCGUCGCGAUCCACCAUGCGCAGGUCCGUGGUGCAUGGCAAGCAUGGUUGCUGGCCCUCCCGCGGAUGCUUUGGGAAGCUUCGACGCAGGCUGUGUCUACGCGCGCUACGCCUGAGGCCGCGGAAGGGGCUCUGGAGCUGAUUACACACAUGAUUGAGUUUCUUCGUCUCGUCACGCUCCAGGCGGACGGUGUGGUAUUUGAUCAUGCUGUGCUCAGAAAGCUGGAGCCCCAGAUGCAGCCGCUAUUCUCUGUGCGCCAUCCAAAGCGCGGUAUGGUGCCAGGACCCCUCCAUAAGUUGCCCACACAUGUGCAGCAUAUGGCGCGUGCCCUUGCUGGCAAGAAUGAGGCUUUGCCGUCGAGUAAUGCAUCUAGUCCAUGA